AAAAAAGAAAAUGUUUUGUAUGCAUUGUAAUGUUGCCCUGGACUGGUAGAAAUUGUUUGUUUGUGUGUGUGUGUGUGUUUCAGACACACUUCUAUAGUUUAAAUAAAUAAGCUGCUGUGAAGCCAUGUGGGCAGCCAUUCAAGUUGAAUUGGGUUAUAGGGCAUAUACCCUUACAUAGCAGAUAACUGUGCAGAAUACAAUGGGUUUAGUUCUUAUACAAGAAGGUAAUUAGAAUUAUAGAUGACCAAUCAACCAAUACAAAAGAAAAUGUUUUUGCUUCCAGAAGUUACUGGUCAUUGAAACCUUUCCCUGUCUGAUAUAUUCAGUGACAGGGACAUUCCAGACUUGCUCUAAUCUCUGUUGACAAAAGCUGCGACCACAACAUCACACCACAGUCCAGACAUGUAGUCUGCAGAUUCUGCCCCGUGACCCAUUUUGUGUGGUUCAUCGGGAUUUGCAAACAUAUUAACAGCAGCAGGAAAAAUGUAGGCAGACCAGAAUAAAGAGGAACAAGUAUGUUGCUGUCAGAGACUGAUGUUUCAGAUACCUGCCUGAUCUUGCAAUUUUCUUUUUGAAAUUCGGCUUUUGCAAUUGCACUCACUAGAGAUGUGGCUCCCCACUCAACCUGAUCCAAAGCAAGAAAGUUGUUUACCAAUCCUGGAAACCAUUCUGUUAUAUGUAUUUCAUCCGGACCCAAACACAACGGGAGACCAACACGUUUUCACCAAGACCAGCUGAAAUAGGAAGAGAAAAUGCAGAGUGUCAACGUUCCAAACUGCAACUAUUCUUCUCAGUUUCAAUAUUCCCUUUAUUCCACAACUUUCAUCAUCGUCUUCACACUUGGUCUGCUAACCAACAGCAUUGCAUUGUGGGUUUUAUGCAGCUAUAAAAACAAGAAGAACAAGGCGAUCAUUUUUAUGAUAAAUUUGGCAUUUGCUGAUCUUGCUCACGUCCUGUCAUUGCCUCUACGAAUUUAUUACUAUAUUAACCGCAAGUGGGCGUUUGGAAACUUCAUGUGCUUACUGUGUUUCUAUCUGAAAUAUCUCAAUAUGUAUGCAAGCAUUUUCUUUCUAACUGCCAUAAGUGUCCAGCGUUAUGUCUUCACAACCAAUCCUUUCAAAGCCAAAGACUGGAAACGCCGCUAUGAUGUUGCCAUCAGUGCAGUUAUAUGGAUAGUUGUUGGGGGUGCAUGCCUGACCUUUCCACUGCUAAGAAAUUCUGAAUCAAACCACAAAAAUAACACCUGCUUUGCUGAUCUUGGGCUCAAAAAGACAGGAGUGGAGACCACGAUGUCCAUGCUAACUAUUGCAGAGAUGGCUGGAUUCAUUGUACCGAUGGCAGUCAUUAUAUACUGUACACUGAAAACUAAGACGGAGCUUAUAAGUGAAGGACAGCUAUGCCAUAAUAUCAGUGAAAAGCGCAAGGCCCUCAGAAUGGUUACAACAUGUGCUGUUGUAUUUUUUAUCUGCUUUGCACCAUAUCAUAUCAACUUCUUCUUUUAUAUGAUGCUCCAAAUUAAAAUCAUAGAACAUUGUGGAAUGUAUAAAUUCAUUAUGACUUUACACCCAUACACUCUCUGCCUUGCUAGUAUUAAUUGUUGUUUAGACCCAAUCCUGUACUUUUUCACUGCAAAAGAGUUUCAGAAUGAGGUCGCGAAGCACGGAUCAGUGAUGAGAGGGCGCCUUAUGAGUCGAGAGAGUAAUUCUUUUGUAAAGGAAUGAGAACAAAAAUCUGCAAAUACUCAAAGAACUGCAUGGAAUAAUACAAACACUUCCAAGCCAACCGGACUAUGUGCUGAAUCAGACAGAGGACAGUUGCUAGAAAACAUUGUAUAACGUCUGUAAAUAUUUCAGUUAUAAAAAUAAUACAAAUGCACUAUGAGCCAUUUAGUCCCUAGAGAGAAAAACAUAAAAUGGCAACCAUGACACAGGAGGAGUCUGCAUCUAUAAGUAAUAAAUAUAAAUAUUUCUAUUAUCAUUGUGGAAAUGAAAAGGAAGCAGAAGCUGUUUUAAGAGCACAGCUCCUGGCAUGAUAAGAGGAGGAUGACCCACAGUCAGGUGCAAGGCCAAGAAUAUCAACAUCUCAAUGAUGAAAACAUUAAUGAUGAAAGUUAACUGACAAAAACUACAUUUUUGUUAAACCUGUAAAUAUGGAUUUAUGUAAUUAGAGCAAAAAUGCGGUUAUUAUGCAAAAAUUCACAAGAGGUAAAAUCAUCUAUUGUCGUAUUCCCCUUUUAGUAAAUCAGCAAUGCUGAGUGGAAUCUUUAUUUUUGGUGAAACUAUUCGAAAUUUUCACUUUCUCCCUGUAGUAAAUGUGACCACCCAUUGUAAGUCAUUAUCCGAAGAGAGCAACAGAGCAACACCAAUUUUUAAACUGCUAUAAAUUAUGUGGUCUAUUUAUCAUGCUGUGUAAAAAGCGGAAUGAAACAUUACUGGUGAUAUGGCUCAUAGCAACCAAUCAGAUCUUUGCUUUUGAUUUGAACUGUUGAAAUCUAAUUGCCGAUUGGCUGCUAUGGGCAACAUCACCAGCAACGUGUCACUCCAUUUUUUGCACAACAUGAUAAACAGACCCUUCUCUUUGAUCAAUAAAAAAAAUUCUACAUUUUUAA